ACUCCUGGCUUACGCAGGGCUGCCAAGGGAGCUCCCCACACAAGCGCGCAUCAAUAAAGCCACAACACACGCGCAUAACCUCCAAAAUCAGAAUUCCAAGCAGAGGAGUUUGUAAAUUUUGUUUGGUAUUAGUUUAGUAGCAUUAUUGUAUCUCCCAACCAUCCAGGAUGGAGACAAUCCUGGAGCAACAGCGUCGUUAUCACGAGGAGCGAGAGCGUCUGAUGGACGCGAUGGUCAAGGAACAGUUGCACAAGAAACCCGGUCACAGGGAAACCAUCAACUCCGAGCAUCGUCUCAAAAUGCUGCUGGAUCAGUACAUGGAGAGCACCGCUCAUCUGCUGGAGCUGUACGAGGACAAGGAUGGCCAGCGAAAAGAGGAGGUUCAAGCUCUGUCUGGACCAAACGAAUUUUCCGAGUUCUACUCGAGAUUGAAGUCGAUAAAAGAAUUUUAUCGUCGUCAUCCUAACGAAAUAAGUGUGCCUAUGUCAGUGGAAUUCGAGGAAUUAGCAAAAAUGAGGGAGAAUCCCACAGAAGAAACAGCCAACCUUGUUGAUUUUACAGACGAGGAAGGUUACGGAAAGUAUUUGGAUUUGCACGAGUGCUAUGAGAAGUACAUUAAUUUGAAGGGGAUUGAGAAGGUUGACUAUAUCACAUACUUGUCUACGUUUGAUCAUCUGUUUGAUAUUCCAAAGGACAGGAAAAAUGCAGAGUACAGACGGUACGUUGAGACACUGUUGGAAUAUUUGAUGGAUUUCUUGGGAAGAGUGAGACCCCUGCUUGAUUUGAAUGCUGAGUUGGAAGAAGCAAACAAGGAUUUUGAAACACAAUGGGAAAACAGCACUUUUCCUGGAUGGCCCAAAGAGGCAGGUAGUGCUCUGACAAACGUAGGUGCACAUUUAGAAUUGUCUGCCUUUUCUUCUUGGGAAGAACUUGCAUCCCUUGGCUUGGAUAGAUUGAAAUCUGCCCUUAUGGCAUUGGGAUUAAAAUGCGGAGGAACACUAGAAGAAAGAGCACAGAGAUUAUUCAGUACAAAGGGUGAGGCAUCCCUUGACCCUAACUUAUUAGCUAAGAAAAAACAGAGGAAACCUGGAAAAGGCAAGAAUGUUGAAAAACAAAAGGAAAUUGCAAGAUAUGAAGCUCAUGUUUACAAACUUGCAGAACUGGUUUCUAGUCAGAGAGUAGCGACAAAAGAAAAUGUACAGAGAAAACAAGCCAGGACAGAGGGAGAAAGAGGAGACUCGGAUGCUGAGGCAAGUGCCAGUGAGUCUGAGGAGGAAGAUGACAAUGAUGUACCUUACAAUCCCAAAAAUUUACCACUUGGAUGGGAUGGCAAACCCAUACCCUACUGGCUGUACAAAUUGCAUGGUUUGAAUAUUAGUUACAAUUGCGAGAUAUGUGGCAAUUUUACUUACAAAGGUCCAAAAGCUUUCCAACGUCACUUUGCUGAGUGGAGGCAUGCACAUGGUAUGAGGUGUUUAGGAAUCCCAAACACAGCCCACUUUGCAAACGUCACACAAAUAGAAGAUGCUCUUGCAUUGUGGGAAAAAUUGAAGGCUCAAAAGCAAGCUGAAAGGUGGCAGCCAGAACAAGAAGAAGAGUUUGAAGAUUCUUUGGGUAAUGUUGUGAAUCGCAAGACAUAUGAGGAUUUGAAACGCCAAGGACUUCUGUAAAUGUGCAAAUACUUUCAAAGCGAAGCGACCUAUUGGUUACUAUCUUGGCAUUUUUUGUAUUUUAUUUCACAAACUGAUGUAAACAACUUUGUAUCGCUAAUAUAGUAUAAAAAGUUAUAUGACCAUUAGAAUAAUGUUUUGUAACAAAUGAUGUUAGCAAAAUUUUAUAUGAUUAUUAUUAGACAGUUUUUUAAAGUCUAAAACAAUAUGGAACAAUAAUUAGUUUACUAUCGCAUUUUAUUACUGACAUAAACUUGCGUAAACAAUAAAUUGUAAGUAUUACAAAUCAAAAAUUGAAGUCAACUUAUUUACACUUUGUACAAAAACUAUAUUUAAACAAGAAUAUCAUAUAAUUAUACUUCUUCAAGCAU